AAUUACUCUGUUAACUCGGUAAGGCAUUACAGUAAUACUCCUCCAUUAAAGGCUUCAAGCUUUUCACUUUUUGCUGCACCGUUUCGCUCUUGCUCUCUCCUCUCCAUUGAAGCAUACUCGGAAAUCACCAUUGAACCACCUUCUCAGGCCUUUGGCGUGAAUUUUGCUAAGUAUCUCGCAAAUUUCUUCAAUUCUAGCAACAUUCAAAGUGGAAUCCGAAAUUCAAACAAAUAAAGUAUUGAUUAUGAACUUGAAUUGAUUUUCCCUCCAAUCAAUUUUUCAAGCUAGAUUGAAAUGGAAAAAUUAAAAAUUUGUGGAUGCACAUGACUGAAUUCUUGUUCUGAAUAAAAGAAAUGGGUCCGCGGUGGAAAGGGAAAGAUGCGGAAGCAAAAGCUUUUGCUGAACCAAUGUCGGGAAUAGUUUCAGCACUUCAAUCAUCUCUAGCCACAUCAGAAUGCAAGGGAUCUAUAUCUGGAUGUAGGGUGCUUUUUAAAGCGAGUACAGAACAAUCUGAACUUCUAAACCGUGCAUGUUUUGGCCGGGUUAUUGUAACCAGCCAAAAUGAUCAACAUUGGUAUGAAUUUACUUUGCAAGAAGCUUUUUAUUUAUGCUAUGCAUUGAAGUGUUUGAAGAUUGUGGGAGACGAUGGUGUUGUGAAAACUUCUGUGGACCUGUGGCAAUUCAUGAUUUCAAAAGUUGAAAUGUUUCCUGAGUAUUUCAAAGCAUACGCCCAUCUAAGAAUGAAUAAUUGGGUAGUUAGGUCAGGAUCCCAGUAUGGUGUUGAUUAUGUUGCUUAUCGCCACCAUCCAGCUUUGAUCCAUGCAGAAUAUGCUGUUCUUGUACUAUCAGAAAGAAAUGAUAACUCCAGUGGACGGCUGAAGUUGUGGUCUGAUUUGUAUGGUACAAUUCGGCUUUGUUGUGGUGUUGCUAAGACUUUGCUAGUUUUACAUGUCCUAGGCAUUAGUAAAGACAACUCUCCAGUGUGUUUGGAGAAUUACGAAAUAGAACCACGUAUAAUCUCUAGAUGGAUUCCAGAGCAAACUCGUGAAAAGAAAACAGAUUCUAAAAUUUGUGGUGAAGCUAAGACGCAUACUUGAUAUUUGAAGUGCUUUUUUUUUUUUUUUUUUUUUUUUUUUUUUUUUUUUUUGUCAUGAUAACAAUAGCAUACUUUGUUUUGGAUUCUGCUACGUUAUUCAGUAACUUAUUAUCCUCUUUUAACAUGGGCGUCAAAGAGGUCUGAGCA